AUGGUCUGCACGGGUAGGAGGCGCAAGAUUAGCGCUUCCACGAACGAAGCCGAGGGCGACCAUGCAGAGAGCAUUCUGAACUGGACGCCCAUCGUCGUAAUUUCUAUGAUGCUGUUCAUCGACGGCCUCGGCGAGAACAUGUCUCUGGCCCCCAAAACCCAGUUGUUCGAGAACAUCGCCUGCCGGCAACAUUACAACGUCGACAGCGGCGGUCCCAUCGACAGGCCCUCGGAGGAAAUGUGCAAGGAUCCUGCUGUUCAGGAUGUCGUGGCGCAACUAUUUGGCUGGCAGAUAUUCUUCGACGGCAUUCCCGGCUUGGUCUUGGCCCUUUGGUUUGGGGUUCUCGCCGACAAGCAGGGCCGGAGGCGGGUUUUGUUCCUCAGCCUCGUGGGCCAGGUUCUGGCAGCUUUCUGGGUCCUGUUCAUCUGCUGGCUCGAGCUGCCCCUUCGCCCCAUGUGGCUGUCUUCGAUUUUCCUCAUUAUCGGAGGCGGGAGCACGGUGACAGGCGCUGUUUGCAUGAUGAUCAUCACGGAUUCGUCGCCUGAGAAGUACAGGUCGAAUGUUUUCUUUUACAGCCAAGCCGCUCUGAUCGUUGCAGAACUCGCCGGGCCAGCAACAGGAUCAUUUCUGAUGGCGAAGAGUCUGUGGCUUCCUUUGCUCCUAGGAUUUGUCAUCGAAGCGUCUUGA